CAUCACCACCACCACCACCACCACGACGUUACAUACAGUUGUCACAGACGUUGCAGCCUACCGUCAUCAGCAGACGCUGUCUAAAACCUGCAUGGACCUCGGUAUUUGCGAAGAAUCGCACCACCAAGUACCAAGUACUUCUACCUCUAGGUCAUCUCUGUGCCCAUCUCACAACUUCUCCCACCAACGUCCUCUCACUCCUCGUCAGCCCGCGCAUUCUGAGUCAACACCAAGAGAAAAUAGGAACGAUGGAGAAUAUGUGACUAGAUCGAUCUCACCAAUAUCCCCAAACCCUUGAUCACCUUCGUUUGUCUUCCGACUCGUGACCCAGGCCCCGACUUUCACUCCAGGACAGAAUGAACCCCCUCUCCACUCAACAUGGCUAGCGGUAAAUCGAUCGACUCAGAUCCCUUUGCGGACCCCACCUCUAUGCAAGACGAGCGAGCCACCAUCGUGGAGUCUACACUCAGUGUCGGACGAAAUGCCACAUUGACCUUGGGCACGGAUGCAGUCAUUGUCUUGGGUACGGUCAGCCCGUUAUCCCUUCCAUGCGAAACCGAUGCUAAUCUCUUCUCCAAUGCAGACGAAGGCAUUCACGACACCGCCGCCAGACAAUUCUCAUGUUGCGGGCUUAUCCCAGAGAGAACCACUAGCACCCGUUCUAUCCCCUACUUCAAUAUCCUUUGGGCCGAACUCGUCAAAAACGAUCUCACCGUCCGCUACGCUCAGCCUACCUCUAAAUCUCCAAAGGCCCCUCUUCGUGUCGCUUACAUCAAUUAUACCCUAGAUGAUUCCUCCUUUUCACAAGACAAGGCAACGAGAUGGGUGAAAAGACUAUUGGAUCGCGCCUAUGGCACCGCCCAGCGCAACAAGAGAAUCAAACUUCUGAUAAAUCCCUUUGGGGGCCAGGGAAAGGCCGAAAAACUCUAUUCUAAAUGGACCGAACCAAUAUUUGCCGCCGCAAGGUGUGAAGUCGACGUCGAGCGCACCACAUAUUCAGGACAUGCGGUGGAAAUCGCCCAAAAUAUCGACAUAAAUGCCUUUGAUGUCUUAGUCAGUGCCUCGGGAGAUGGCCUGCCACACGAAUGCUUCAAUGGUCUGGCAAGGAAACCAAACGCUGCCGAGGCUUUGAGAAAAGUGGCAAUCGCUCAAUUGCCCUGUGGAAGUGGCAAUGCCAUGUGUUGGAAUUUAUACGGAACAGGUGAAUGCAGCAUGGCCGCACUCUGUAUCGUCAAAGGGGUCCGAAGCCCAAUGGAUCUCGUCAGUGUCACCCAAGGGGACAAAAGAACUCUUUCCUUCUUAUCUCAGUCUUUGGGCAUCGUGGCCGAGUCAGAUCUGGGCACUGAACAUGUCCGAUGGAUGGGUGGAUCCCGAUUUGUGUAUGGGUUUCUCGUGCGAUUGCUGGGCAAGACGGUUUAUCCAAUCGAUAUUGCUGUCAAAACAGAGAUCGAGGACAAGAUGGACAUCAAGCGACACUAUGCCCAUUAUCGAAACAAAGCCACCACUCCAAAUUCAAUCAAUCUCGCCGACCUCGACGGACCUCUCGACGCAUCCACUGGACUUGGUUUGCCACCGUUGGAACAUGGCACCAUCAAUGACCCUCUACCCACCGACAGCGGUUGGAGCGCCCUGACUCCAUACGACAACAUGGGCAAUUUUUACUGCGGAAACAUGAACAUCAUGUCCGCUGACGCGCCCUUCUUCCCAGCUUCAGUCCCCUCCGACGGCUUAUGUGAUCUCAUUACCAUCGAUGGCGACAUCAGCCGCCUGACCUCUCUCAGCCUACUUCUGGCCGUGGAAAAGGGCACCUUUUUCGACAAGGACGUAGUUCGCAUUCGCAAAAUCAAAGCCCUACGUGUCUAUCCGAGAUACGGACGUCAUGGCGUUGCCCCUCCAAAACAGAGCCAUCUAGGCAAGCUGUUCGAUAAACUCGGCCUCUCGGGAAGCGGAUCGACUGAAAAAGCCGUUCGUGGCGACGGUGGUUUCUUCUCAGUCGAUGGCGAAAAGCUACCAUUUGAACCUUUUCAACUCGAAUGCCACAAGGGACUCGGGACCGUCUUAAGUCGACAUUGCGGACUCUACCAAGCCGAUGGUCCUGCAGGCUGGGAUAGCCUCAGUGUCAGCAACGAUGACAACAGUCAACAAGAAGAAGGCGAUUCGUUGUGAAUAUAAAGAAUGGGACAAUACACAUAAGAUGUCCCCAAACUCGCCACAAUUGUAUCGCCACAAUUGUACAAUUUAUAAAACCCACUCAUGCACCAGCAUACAGCCACACUCGCACAUACACGCACACGCACACGCAUACAGAUACACACAGUCAUACUGACUUUUGAUUUUGACAUUUACCUGAUUGGUUGUGAUACCCCGAGACGAGCUAUUUUGCGAAUUGCAGGUAUGCAUGGAUUCAUCAUCUAGGUCGACAGCAAAAGGGCGUUUUGUGCUUAGGUAUUUUGAAGGUGAAAUGGAAUGGACUUGGACUUGAACAUGGACUUAUAACCGAGGUGAAGAGUGAGUUACAUAGUCCGGCAUAGGCCAGGUCAGAUUAUUUUUUCAUCUACAUACUUAUUUCUGAUAUAUGUAUGUUCUCAUCUCCUUAUCUGCC